AGUCUCACCGAGGCAGGGGCAGCACCACGGCGACGCGGGGGCCGGGCAGGCCGCACCCAGGCCCGUCGUGGUCCUUCGUGUUCGACCCUGCGGGCCGGCUCUGCUACUACUGGUCCAUGGUUGUCUCGCUGGCCUUCCUCUACAACUUCUGGGUUAUCAUCUACCGCUUCGCGUUCCAAGAGAUCAACCGAGAGUCGAUAGUGGUGUGGUUCUGUCUGGACUACCUCGCCGACUUCCUGUACGUGGCCGACAUCGUCUUCCACUUCCGCACCGGCUACCUGGAGGACGGGGUGCUGCAGACGGACGCGGGCAAGCUGCGGCAGCACUACAUGAACUCCACCACCUUCUACAUCGACUGCUUGUGUUUGCUGCCGCUAGACUUCCUCUACUUGUCCAUUGGCUUCAACUCGGUGCUGCGGGGGUUUCGCCUCGUCAAGAUCUACCGCUUCUGGGCCUUCAUGGACCGCACCGAGAGGCACACCAACUACCCCAACCUCUUCCGGUCCACCAGCCUCAUCCACUACCUUCUAGUCAUCUUCCACUGGAACGGCUGCCUGUACCACAUAGUGUACAAGAACAACGGCUUCGGCAGCAAGAACUGGGUGUUCGGGGACCACGACAGCGGAGACGUCGUCAAGCAGUACCUGCAGAGCUACUACUGGUGCACUCUCGCGCUCACCACGAUAGGAGACCUGCCGAGGCCACGCUCCAAGGGCGAGUACAUGUUCGUGAUAGGACAGCUGUUGUUCGGCCUACUCCUGUUCGCCACGGUGCUCGGCCACGUCGCCAACAUCGUGACCAGCGUCAGCACGGCGCGGAAGGAGUUCCAAGCCAAGCUGGACGGCGUGAAGACGUACAUGCGGAUGCGACGGGUUCCAGGGUCCCUGCAGGUCAAGGUCAUCAAGUGGUUCGACUACCUGUGGUUAACUCAAAAGUGCUCGGACGAGGAGAGAGCAGUGAGCUGCCUGCCAGACAAACUCAAGGCAGAGAUAGCCAUCAACGUGCACCUCGACACGCUCAAGAGGGUGGAGAUCUUUCAGAACACGGAGGCUGGCUUUUUAUGCGAGCUCGUUCUUCGACUGAGGCCGGUGCUCUUUUCUCCAGGAGACUACAUUUGUAGGAAAGGAGAGGUGGGCAAGGAGAUGUACAUCGUCAACAGGGGCCGGCUCCAGGUCGUCGCGGACAACGGCAACACGGUGCUGGCCACGCUCAAGGCGGGCUCCUACUUCGGGGAGAUCUCCAUCCUCAACAUGGGCACGGCAGGCAACCGGCGGACGGCCAGCGUGCGCUCCGUGGGCUACAGCGACCUGUUCGUGCUCAGCAAGAAGGACAUGUGGGACGUCCUGAAGGAGUACCCGGCGGCCAGGGUGCGGCUGGAGGCCAUCGCCGUGAAGCGCCUCGAGAAGUACAAGCGCGCGCCGCUGGAGAAAGCGGCGCUGGGGCGGUCGCAGUCCACGCCCGGGCUGGUGGAGUCGCGCGGCCGCGUGCCGCUGGAGGAGAUGUGGGUGUCCCCGCUGGACCCGGUGGUCUCCUCCGCCACGGCCAACUCCAUGUUCAGCCCCAGCCACUCGCCGACUGCAAGGUCGCUGCCGCCGCACCUGCGCAACGUGGACUCGCCCAGCAGCGCCAACUCGAGCCAGCCGUCGUCCGAGGGCGUCGUCCACCUGGCCGCGCCGUCGUACGCGCCCCCAGGGACCGCGGCCUCGUGCAACUCCAUGGCUCCCCUGGUGGCGCAUUCCCGCGCCGAGUCCAGGCUCGAGUCCAGGCUGGAAUCCAGGGUCGCGUCGCGGUCGGGCAGCCUGGUGCCGAUGCAGGGGCCACCGCUGCAGCAGCUGCAGCACCACGGACAGGUGCUGCUGCAGGACGACACGCAGGACGCACUGCGCGCCAAGAUCCAGACCCUGCAGGAGCAGCUGGCGCGCGUGCAGACGGAGAACGCUUCGCUGUCGGCCAAGCUGUCGCAGCAGCGCUGGGAGGUGGACCAGCGGCUCAUGGACAUCGAGAUGCACAUCUGCGGCGCGUCUUCGGGGAACUCCUCUGCGGCCGACGACCGCGAGUCCUUCAUAUAGCAGCAGGGGUCCGGGCCGCCCCGCCCGGGGCCGGCCUUCCCCGCGCCCAGCCCCGCGCCAAGCCCUGCGCCCCCCAGGCCGGCCAGCCGCUCAACAAGCCGCACUCGGGACCAACUACUCUGUUACUCUCCACCAACAGACUUGUUGUUGCUCUUCUGCUGCAGCUCGGCGGGGGGAGUCGUCGUCGUGAUCCUGGCCGCUCAGGUCAGCCUGUCAGCCUGCCCCCACCGCGCUGCACUGCGCGUCUGCAGAGUGACAAAUUUAAUUUUAUAUGUAGGAAAGAAAAGAUAUUUAAGUGAAGAAAGAGGGAGGAAAGAGCAGGAAGGACAUGUUCAGAGAUUGGAGCUGCGAGCACCACGGCCGUGAGGAGGCCCGUCACCGCGGCGCCGCGUCGCCGCCCGGCAGCAUCUGUGUCAUGGCGCAGGACUCAUUUCAAUUUACUCUGUUGAUAUGUUCCGUUAAAACUCCCGUCCAUGUGAACGUUCAGCUUUAUCCCUGAAAAGGGAAACUUCAAUCAGAUGCAUUCGUUUCGAAAAAGAAGCUGCGCGAGCGGCGCCUUCACACUCAGGGGAGAGACUCCUUAAGGCAUGAAGCCCGGCGACUGUGUGCAGAGUGCUACUCCACCAGAACUAUUCGCGAGUGACGUAGCCCUCAAUGCAAUGUGACGUUAUUUUUUACGGGAAAGUUAAAUCAGUGUGCCGAGACUCUGUGCGGCGGGAUGCGUCUGUCGUCUCGAUCUGUUACGAUGCAAGCGUGUGUGUGUGUGUGUGUGUGUGUGUGUGUGCGUGUGAGUGUUGUGUGUGUGUGUGUGGGUCCGACUGUCUGUGUGCGCGCGCUUGCAUGCGUUCGUGAUUGUGGCCAUGUGUUGGUGGGCAGUCUCCUUUUUUGAGGUUGUUAAGAGGAGGUGCAGACCGGACGUUAAAAUUCUGGUCGUUGAAAGGGAUGGUUGUGGUUGAGUGUGGACAACGCGUCGUUUUUUGACCUGACAAAAAUGGCAUCGUCUAGAACGACGCGGUUUUGCAGUGUUUCAACACUAUUUUGUAUUCUAAGAAGUCUUCCAAAAGUUUAUAUGGCCCUUCUCUCUUUUCACAAGUCUGUACCGACCGAGACAGGCGACUCUAAAAGGGACAAUUAUGAUUAAAUUCACUCUUGGACCACCUUCAUUUCUAAAGACAAAAUCAGAAUGCAAUAUCCAGAAUUGAUAAUUUUCGUUGAUUUCCACCAACAGAGAGUAAUAGACCAGACCCCUAAUUCCUACCGCCUCGCAUCGAACUCGUAUCCUACAAGCCAAAACAAUAAGCAUAAAAGGACCAAGGCCACAUCAUCCGCGAAACCUACAAUUUUCGUACCUGUGGGAAAGAAAAGGAUUAUCCCUCUUGAAGUUCCCCGAAACUUGUUUAAGUUUUAUCUGCUUACUCUCUCAUUUAAAAAGCCUUAGCUCAUAAAAUAAACGCCUUUAAAGUUGUUUAACUAAUGUUACAUUAUAAUUAAAGGAUUUAUAGCUAAAUUAAAUCACGCCGACCUAACCCAUUUUUACUUAAAUCAAUUGUUGUUGGUAUGUUUUAAAAGAAAUUAUAUUUAUUGCUCUAAGCUUUUCUUGCAGAUAUCUUGUAAUUAAGCCUGAAUGUGUAAACGACCUUGUCCGCUCUGUUUCCCUUUCUUCUGAUCGAAUUGUAAAUUACGUCACAGGGACAGGCGCUUGCGCAACUAAUAUUCUUACUCCGGAAAUUAAAAGCGCCCAAUUGUACAUAAAAUCAUCUAUUUCUAAAUCUAUUGACCAUUUAAAUAUAUUAUGUUGGUUACAAAAAAGACUUGUUUAAUCCAUUGAACAUCAGUCGUACCCAUUGAUCGUAAUGAUCAUUCCCUGCAGCAUAUCAACGAAAUGCUAUAAAAAUCACACUAAAGAUAAACACUUUUGGAGUUUGAAACACACUGGUUAGAACAGCGCGUUGCCUCACGCUGCGAGACUGUGGAAUGGAGACGUAGAACGACAAAACGAAACUACUGCCAGUACAGUGACUUUAUGUAGUCUGAAAAUACGCUUACAGCACGUGCAAGAACUCGUUUUGACUUUACUCGCAACAUGUAUAGUCUUCUUACCGACUGCGGCAGGUAACUUACCCACAGGGUAACAACUACUAACAGUCUGCCAAUUUUGUAAUGGAAAUGUAUUUUAGUUUUUUUUUUUUUUUUUUUGUUUGUUUUUUGUCUAGUGAUGUACAUACAAUUGUUUUUUGUCUCUGUGUUUAAAAUGGUUCGUCGGUUUGGGCCAGUUCGGCCUGUCCGUCAGGCCAGCACACAAAUGGAAUAAUAAAUGGUUUGAAAGUGUG